CAUUUCUCCGAAGGCUCAACGGCACUCGACACACUCUCGGUUCUAUGCUCCUAAAGCCUCAUGCCUGUCGCCCCAAAACCCUUCUCCCAUACCUCGCCUUCUCCUCUUCUAUCUUCUUCUACUCCUCUAGCGUCGGCCGCCGCCCCAAAAAGAAGAUCUAUCACCGCGUUCCCGACCUGGACAAGGUCAUGGACCUCCAAAAGAAGCCCGCUCUCCUCCUCCGCCUCCGUUCCAUCAUCUGCACCCAGAAAUCGCGUUCCCUUCUCCUCCGUGACCUUGAGAAAGAGGUCGGCUUCGUAAAAAAAUGGAACUUUGUCUCCCUCAUCGAGAAACACCCCACCAUUUUUAAAGUAUUAGGCGGCGGCGCCUCAUGCUCCCCCAUCUCCGUACGCCUCACUGAUAAGGCUGAACGCAUCUCUUCCGAUGAGGCUCGAGUCCAGCAGUUAAUGGAACCCAUCUUGGUCCGCCACCUCCGUAAGAUACUUAUGAUGUCUCUCGAUUGCCGCAUUCCUUUACAGAAGAUCGAAUUGAUCCAAUCCGAGCUGGGUUUGCCAGAAAAUUUUAGAGAAUGCCUGAUUCCCAAGUACCCGGAUUUCUUCUCCAUAAAAAGUGUGAACGGUUUGGAGUAUCUUAAUCUCGAGAGCUGGGAUUCCACUCUGGCUGUCACUGUCCGGGAAGAAAGUUUGGAUCUUGGAACGUUGAAAGUGGAAUCUAAAAAAGCAGUAGCAAGAGAUGGCAAUUUUCCAGGACCUCAUGCUUUUAAGAUAAAUUAUGCCCCCGGUUUUAGACCCAAUGUGCAUUAUAUUGAGGAAGUUCAGAAAUGGCAGAAAAUGGCAUUUCCUUCGCCGUAUUUGAGCGCCAGAAGGAUCGAGCCGGCCACUCCUCAAGCCAGGAAACGAGCUGUUGCGGUGCUUCAUGAGCUUCUAAGCUUGACAACGGAGAAAAGGCUGCCUUCAAAUAAGCUGGAUGCAUUCCAUAAUGAAUACCAGCUACCCUGUAAGCUGCUACUUUGCUUGGUUAAGAAUCAUGGAAUUUUCUAUAUUACGAAUAAGGGGGCUAGGAGCACGGUAUUUCUUAAAGAAGCUUAUGAUGGUUGUAAUUUAAUAGAGAAGUGUCCUCUGUUGAAGUUCCAAGAUAGGUUUGUGUCGCUUAUUGGAAGGCCUUGUCCUGAUUUGGAUAAUCGGUUGACCGUUUAAUGAUUAUUUUCUAUAGCUGAAAACAAAGAAUCAUCAUCAUCAUCAUCAGCCUUAUCCUAAUUGCUUGGGGUCUGCUUUAUUAAUCCUCCGUAUUCAUUCACUUCCUCUCAACUGAGUGCUACAGAUGAAAAAAAAGCACUGCCGUUGGAAGUAACCUUGGGCCUUCUAAAUUUGCUUCACACUCAUCUGAAGGCGAGUUGUGAGAUUUAGGCUUUGUUUGGGACGGCUUAUUUACCACUUCUUAAAGCUGCUUUAUAGUAUAAAUUUUUUAAUUUUUUACUAAAACACUGCUUUAAGAAGCGGUAAGAAAGCCGUCCAAAUGAAGCCUUAGUUCCAUCCACUUUAUGUGAGGCUAAUGCCUGAACUCCUUUUGGGAAUAGAGUUUUCUCAACUUCCAAGCUCCUAUAUGAAAAAAAAGCCCUUUGCAUGAACUUUAGCGGCAAGUUGAAGAUCUAAGGGUAUUUGUCUCCAAAUGAACGCAUUAGAAGCUCUAUCCUAUGCUAAAUUUGCAAACCAGUACCUGUUUUAAUUGCCUAAAUGAAAAGUUUGUGCAACGAUGUACUUCAUGGAUUCUGAGAGGGCCAUGAUUUCUUGAAGAACAGAAUAGAGAGAAUUGCCAUAUUCUUUAUCUGUCUUUCAACAAGUGGUUGCUGUUUCUAUAGAGAAACUGAAUUUGAUGCUGGGUGUAUCAUUUUUUAUGUAUUUAGUCACCUGACAAGGUUGGUAAUUUACUGCAAUUUCCUUCAAACGUCGAUGGAUUUAUAAAAAA